GCAAGGGUUAGUGUCGCAUGGACCUGCCCUCCCGGGACGCCCCCUUCCCGCACGGUUUGUCAGAGCAGGUUCGGGUCUGGCGGUACUUGAAGGGCAAAGACGUGGUGACUCAGGAGAGCCUGUUGGAUGGCGGCAACAAGGUGGUGAUUGGUGGCUUUGGAGACCCCCUCAUUUGUGACAACCAGGUGUCCACGGGGGACACGAGGAUCUUCUUUGUGAAUCCGGCACCCCCAUACCUGUGGCCAGCCCACAAGAACGAACUGAUGCUGAACUCCAGCCUCAUGCGCAUCACCCUGCGGAACCUGGAGGACGUGGAGCACUGCGUGGAAGACAAACCUGGGACCCACUUCACUCCAGCGCCCCCAACACCUCCGGAUGGGUCCCGGGACCCCUGCUCCAACGUGACCUGCAGCUUCGGUAGCACCUGCGCGCGCUCGGCUGAUGGACAGACAGCUACGUGCCUGUGUCCCACGACCUGCCGGGGGGCCCCCGAGGGCCCCGUGUGCGGCAGUGACGGCGCCGACUAUGCCAGCGAGUGCCAGCUCCUGAGCCGCGCCUGCGCCCGCCAGGAGAACAUUUUCAAGAAGUUCGACGGCCCUUGCGACCCCUGCCAGGGCGCCCUCAACGACCCAAGCCGCCUCUGCCGCGUGAACCCACGCACACGGCGCCCUGAGAUGCUCCUUCGGCCAGAGAGUUGUCCUUCGCGGCAGGCGCCUGUGUGCGGAGAUGAUGGGGUCACCUACGACAACGACUGUGUCAUGGACCGCUCCGGGGCUGCCCGCGGCCUCCUCCUCCAGAAAGUGCGCUCUGGGCACUGCCAGCCUCGAGACCAGUGCCCAGACACGUGCAGGUUCAAUGCCGUGUGCCUGUCCCGCCGGGGCCACCCCCGCUGCUCCUGCGAUCGCAUCACCUGCGACGGAGCCUACAGACCCGUGUGCGCCCACGACGGGCACACGCAUGACAACGACUGCUGGCGCCAGCAGGCUGAGUGCCAGCAGCAGCGUGCCAUCCCUGCCAAGCACCAAGGCCCGUGUGACCAGCCCCGGUCCCCGUGCCUUGGGGUGCAGUGCCCAUCUGGGGCAGUGUGCACCGUGAAGAACGGCGAGGCCGAGUGUGCGUGCCGGCAGGCGUGUGCGGGCAUCUACGACCCUGUGUGUGGCAGCGACGGCAGCACAUACGGCAGCGCUUGCGAGCUGGAGGCCACAGCCUGUGCCCUCGGGCGGGAGAUCCGGGUGGCUCGCCGAGGACCCUGUGAUCGCUGCGGGCAGUGCCGCUUUGGAGCCCUGUGCGAGGCUGAGACUGGGCGCUGUGUGUGCCCCUCUGAGUGCGUGGCCUCGGCCCAGCCCGUGUGCGGCUCUGACGGGCACACGUAUGCCAGCGAGUGUGAGCUGCAUGUCCAUGCCUGCACACACCAGAUCAGCCUGCAUGUGACCGCCACUGGACCCUGCCAGACCUGCGGAGACGUGGUAUGUGCCUUCGGGGCAUUGUGCCUGGCAGGGCAAUGUGUCUGUCCCCGGUGUGAGCACCCCGUGCCUGGCCCCGUGUGUGGCACCGACGGCGUCACCUACCACAGCGCAUGUGAGCUCCGUGAAGCCGCCUGCCAGCAGCAGACACAGAUCGAGGAGGCCCGGGCAGGGCCCUGUGAGCAGGCCGAGUGCGGCUCAGGGGGCUCCGGCUCUGGCGAGGACAGCGAGUGUGAACAGGACCUGUGCCGGCAGCGUGGCGGCAUCUGGGAUGAGGACUCGGAGGAUGGGCCGUGCGUCUGCGACUUCAGCUGCCAGGGUGUCCUAAGGAGCCCGGUCUGUGGCUCCGAUGGCGUCACCUAUGGCACGGAGUGUGAGCUGAGGAAGGCCCGGUGUGAAACGCAGGCAGCGCUGUAUGUCGUGGCUCAGGGCACCUGCCCAGGCCCCACCUUGGCCCCAGUGCCACCUGCAGUUGCCCUGCACUGUACCCAGACCCCCUACGGCUGCUGCCGAGAUAACAUCACUGCCGCCCAGGGUGUGGGCCUAGCUGGCUGUCCCAGCUUGUGCCAGUGCAACACACACGGCUCCUACAGCGGCAUCUGUGACCCAGCCACAGGCCAGUGCUCCUGCCGCCCAGGUGUGGGAGGCCUCAAGUGCGACCGCUGUGAGCCCGGCUUCUGGAACUUCCGUGGCAUUGUUACCGACGGCCGGAGCGGCUGCACCCCCUGCAGCUGUGACCCCCGGGGUGCCGUGCGGGAUGACUGUGAGCAGAUGACCGGGCUCUGUUCCUGUAAGCCUGGGGUGGCUGGAGCCAAGUGCGGGCAGUGUUCGCACGGCCGUGCCCUGGGCCCUGCUGGCUGUGAGACAGACUCCUCGGCACCCAAGACCUGUGCUGAGAUGCGCUGUGAGUUUGGGGCCUCCUGCGUGGAGGAGGCUGGCUCUGCGUACUGCGUGUGCCCAAUGCCCACCUGUCCCGGGGCCAAUGCUACUAAGGUCUGCGGGUCGGAUGGCAUCACCUAUGGUAACGAGUGUCAGCUGAGGACCAUCGCCUGCCGCCAGGGCCUGGACAUUUCCAUUCAGAACCUUGGCCCGUGCCAGGAGGCUGUCGCUCCCGGUGCCCACCCGACACCCGUGUCUGUGGCCACCUCGGAGGGAGACCUGACCGAGGCACUGCUGCCCCCGCCCAGUGCCCUCCCACUGGCUCCCAGCAGUACCCCCCGCAGCCGGCCCACCCCUCGACCACAGCCUUGGACCACUGCCAGCAUCCCCAGGACCACCAGGAGGCCUGAGCUGACCGUGCCCCCAACAGCGCCCCCCACGGCAGCCAGCCUCGCCACGUCGGCCUUCGGCGAGUCUGGCAGCGCCGAUGGGGGCGACGAGGAGCUGAGUGGGGACCUGGAGGCCAGUGGGGCCGGCUCUGGGGGACUCGAGGCCCCUGAGGGUGGUAGUGCUGUGACCCCUGGGCCACCUGUCGAGAGGGCUUCCUGCUACAACUCACCUUUGGGCUGCUGCUCAGACGGCAAGACACCCUCCCUGGAUGCAGAGGGCUCUAACUGUCCUGCCACCAAGGCGUUCCAGGGUGUGCUGGAGCUCGAGGGGGUCGAGGGCCAGGAGCUGUUCUACACCCCCGAGAUGGCCGACCCCAAGUCAGAGCUCUUUGGGGAGACGGCCAGGAGCAUCGAGAGUGCACUAGAUGACCUCUUCCGGAACUCGGACGUUAAGAAAGACUUCUGGAGUGUCCGCCUGCGGGACUUGGGGCCUGGCAACUCGGUCCGGGCCAUUGUGGAUGUGCACUUUGACCCCACCACAACCUUCAGGGCUUCCGACGUGGGCCGAGCCCUGCUCCGGCAGGUCCAGGUGUCCAGGCGCCGGUCACUGGGGGUGAGGCGGCCACUGCAGGAGCACAUGCGCUUCAUGGACUUCGACUGGUUCCCUGCAUUCUUCAUGGGAUCCACCACUGGAGCCACCCCUGCCGCAGCCACAACCCGAACCACCACUGUGGCCUCUUCUGCUGUGACCCCUCGGGCCCUCUACCCCGUCCACACAAGCCGGCCUGUCAGUAAGACCACAGGCCCCACCACAACACGCCGGCCCCCUGCCACUGUCCCCAGCCAUGUGCCUGGACGCUGGCCCCUGCCCCCAGGCACCCAGGAGUCCCUGAGGCCCUGUGACUCCCAGCCCUGCCUCCACGGGGGGACCUGCCAGGACCAGGACUCAGGUGGAGCCUUCACCUGCAGCUGCCCAGCUGGCAGGGGGGGUGUCGUCUGUGAGAAGGCCCUGCGCGCCUCGGUGCCGGCCUUCGGGGGCCGCUCCUUCCUGGCCUUCCCCACCCUCCGCGCCUACCACACGCUGCGCCUGGCGCUCGAGUUCCGCGCCCUGGAGCCGCAGGGGCUGCUGCUCUACAACGGCAACGCCAAGGGCAAGGACUUCCUGGCGCUGGCGCUGCUGGGCGGCCGCGUGCAGCUCAGGUUCGACACAGGUUCCGGGCCCGCGGUGCUGACCAGCGCAGUGCCGGUGGAGCCAGGCCGGUGGCAUCGCCUAGAACUGUCUCGGCACUGGCGCCGGGGUUCGCUGUCAGUGGACGGCGAGACCCCUGUCCUGGGCCAGAGCCCCAGUGGCACUGACGGCCUCAACCUGGACACAGACCUCUUUGUCGGGGGCGUCCCAGAGGACCAGGCUUCUGUGGUGCUGGAGCGGACCUCUGUCAGUGUCGGCCUCAAGGGCUGCAUCCGCCUGCUGGACGUCAACAACCAGCGGUUGGAACUCGGCAGCUGGCAGGGGGCCGUGACCCGAAAUGCCGGUGUGGGCGAGUGCGGGGCCCACCCCUGCCGGCCCAGCCCGUGCCUCGGCGGGGCUCCGUGCCAGGCCCUGGAGGCCGGCGCAUUCCACUGUCAGUGUCCACCUGGCCGCUUCGGCCCCACCUGUGCUAAUGAGAAGAAUCCCUGUCAACCGAACCCCUGCCACGGGGCGGCCCCCUGCCGCGUCCUGCCUGGGGGCGAGGCCAAGUGCGAGUGCCCCCCGGGACAGGGGGGCCCUCUCUGCCAAACAGCCUCAGAACAGAACGGUCACCAGCCCCUCCUGGCUGACUUCAGCGGCUCCUCCUUCCUGGAGCUGAAAGGCCUGCAUACUUUCGAGCGGGACCUGGGGGAGAAGAUGGCGCUGGAGGUGGUGUUCCUGGCCCGGGGCCCCAGUGGCCUGCUCCUCUACAACGGGCAGAAGACGGACGGCCGGGGGGACUUCGUGUCGCUGGCACUGCGGGACCGCCACCUGGAGUUCCGUUACGACCUGGGCAAGGGGGCAGCCGUUCUCAGGAGCAAGGAGCCAGUGGCCCUGGGCACCUGGACCAGGGUCUCACUGGAGCGGAAUGGCCGCAAGGGUGCCAUGCGAGUUGGAGACGGGCCGCGUGUGCUGGGGGAGUCCCCGAAAUCCCGAAAGGUGCCGCACACCGUCCUCAACCUGAAGGAGCCACUCUACGUCGGGGGGGCUCCUGACUUCAGUAGGCUGGCCCGGGCCGCCGCCGUGUCCUCCGGCUUCGAUGGUGCCAUCCAGCUGGUCUCCCUCAAAGGCCACCAGCUGCUGACGCAGGAGUACGUGGUGCGGGCGGUGGACGUCUCGUCCUUUGCAGACCACCCUUGCACCCAGGCCUCAGGCCACCCUUGCCUCAAUGGGGCCUCCUGUGUCCCGCGGGAGGGCUCCUACGAGUGCCUGUGCCCCGGGGGCUUCUCAGGGCUGCACUGUGAGAAGGGGCUGAUCGAGAAGUCGGCAGGGGACCUAGACGCACUGGCCUUUGACGGGCGGACCUACAUCGAGUACCUCAACGCCGUGACCGAGAGCGAGAAGGCGCUGCAGAAUGACCACUUCGAGCUGAGCCUGCGCACCGAGGCCACGCAGGGGCUGGUGCUGUGGAGUGGCAAGGCCACAGAGCGGGCUGACUACGUCGCGCUGGCCAUCGUGGAUGGGCGCCUGCAGCUGACCUAUGACCUGGGCUCCCAGCCUGUGGUGCUGCGCUCCACAGUGCCGGUCAACACCAACCGCUGGCUGCGGGUCAGGGCGCACAGGGAACAGAGAGAAGGCUCCCUUCAGGUGGGCAAUGAGGCCCCCGUGACUGGCUCCUCCCCAUUGGGCGCCACGCAGCUGGACACAGACGGAGCCCUUUGGCUGGGAGGCCUGGAGAAGCUGCCCGUGGGUCAGGCCCUGCCCAAGGCCUACGGCACGGGCUUCGUGGGCUGCCUGCGGGACGUGGUGGUGGGGCAGCGCCCACUGCACCUGCUGGAGGACGCGGUUGCCAGGCCAGCGCUGCGGCCCUGCCCCACCCCGUGAGGCGGCCUCCGCCCCCGCCCGCCCUGCUGUAAUUAUUUUCUAUUUUUGUAAACUCGUUACUUUUUUGAUAUGAUUUUCUUGCCUGUGUUUUGGCCGGAGGGACUCCUGGCUCGGCCUGCCUUCUGUCCAGACAGGCGAGCUGCAGAGACAGACUCAGUGCCGAGCGACUCACGGGCGCAACGCGGCAGCACAGAGGCCUUGGCUCACAUGGCAACCUCAGGACACCGCCUCCACCGCGGGCCGCCCUGUCCCAGGCCCUCGUGCUGUGCUUCCCCUUGUGUCCACCUGCACUGGGCUGUUGUGGUCCGCGGCCUGUCGGCAGACCCCCCAACACACAUGUCACCCAUGCUCCAUCUGGCAAGAUCUGUGUCCCCAGAGCAGGAAGCCACUGCUGGGGUUGAAGGGGACCUUCCUAGACUCACACUGAGCCAGUCCUCAUCCUGUGAGUGGUUCAGCCUCACCAGGACUAGCCUCGAGCCUGGCUGGCCCUGCCUGGGCCUCCUGUGCCAGUUCUGUGACUGAGAAAUGACGUUAUCACUGGGUCCACACGGCACCCCUCCCAGCUGUGUCCGCCAGUCGCAGGGUGCUGGAGAGCAGAGGCCAGGCCCAGCUUCGUUCCAGGGGCCCUGCCCCUCAGCUGGCCCUGCCCAGCCACCCAGCCAUCUUGGACAUGUCUGUGUCCCCUCCCCGACACCUCAGGCUCUGUGUGCUGUGGUCGACGUCCAUUGCCUGCGUGCCUGAGCAGCCAGCGUCUCCCUUGAGGACAGAUGUCCAGGCAGGCCUGAGCACCGACCACAGAGUUCUUCCCGCCUUGGUUUCAUUCGACAUCGGGGGCAGUGGGGCUGUCAUCUUUCCUGUCCUGGCUUAAGAGUAGCUGAGGACACGCACAGCAAAUCCUCAGUUCUGGUGUGAGCAGCGGUUGCCCUUGUCCCAGCAUGACCAGGGGCAGGCCUGGUGUCUGACCAUGGCCAUGGGUCGGCCGUAGGGAUGGCAGAGACGGCUGCGAAGCCAGAAAUGCCUUAAACUGCAGCAUGGCGUCCCAUCCCAACUCUGGUGCUGGUGGGGGUGGUAGUCCAGUCCAAUCCCCACAGUAGGGGCUGGGCUGGCUGCAGGGAGGGAGCCCCAUACAUCAUGUUACUAACUCCAGUCUCUCUGUGUCAGUCACCGUGAAAUAAAGUCUGAACACGUCAAA